AUGAACCCCGCAAAUUUCCCCAAUGUCAAUGGGGGCAUGAGCGCCGGAGUGAAGCCCCCGGGCCAGAUGCAAGGUGUUCCCAAAGCCGACAUGCAACAUAUCCUUAACAAUGUUGCUCAGAUGUUACAGAGUCAGGGCCCUUGGAGUGGCUGGAGGGCGGAGGUUUCGGUCAGAGACCGGACAUUUAAAGUACAUCAGAUGAUCACCUCUCUUCGCUUAAUACAACCCCAAAUCGAGCUACGAAAUGCCGCACAAGCGGCUAUGUCAUUCGAGGUCAAGGCGUUCAAAGAAGCCGCUACCAAGGCCGAUUACGAUAGAGAGUUUAACGACAAACUCGUCCAUAUUCGAGACACAAGAGCUAGACACGCCGCGGCGAUGCAGGGAGGCAUGAUGCAACAAGGGCCGCCGACCGGAAUGAUAGGGGUUGGGCAAUCGCCAUUCUCACAGCAGUUGUCUCGAUCAAUGCAGCCGUCCCCAAUGCCUGGUCAACAGCAGAUGCAAAUGAGCAUGAACAAUCCGGGUCAACAGGCAGCCGUUCAACAGCGCCAGCAACAGCCGCAGCAGCCACAAGCAAUGCUUCAGCAACAGCGCCCGCAGCAACGGCUCGGAGGUGCUGCCGCGCUUAACGACGAUCUGAAUUCUCUAACGCCCCAAGAAUAUGAGAACGUCUGUCGCAUUGCGACCCAAAUUCUUCAAAAGACAUCCCCUGAGGAUAUGAACAAGAUCAAAAUGAACUUGCAAAAUAUGAGCCCGGAUCAGAAGGUUUACCUCUCCAAGAAAGGCAUGGAUCCCAUUACAUAUUUCUUUCGAUGCCAAGCUAUGAAUCAUAUUCGUCGAGUCAAACGUUCACGCCUGGAGAUGAGUCGGAAUAAUCAGAACAAUGGGGGAGACUCUGCGAAUAAUUUAAUGGGUGAUCCUAUGAUCAACCCUCAGCAACAACGGCAGAUGUUUCAAAACAUGGUGAACAUGCCUCAGAGAAAUCAUUCGUUUUCCAUGGGUAACCAGCAGACACUCGAUCCUUCGGCGUUUAUCGGUAACGUCGAAAAUAUUCAGGGUCAACAGGCUGACGGACUACGCUCUCAAGAAGCUGGCCAGCUUGUCGUCCCCGCUAGCUCGUCCCAAAUGAAUCAACAGUCAUUUAACGCAACCCAAAAUAUGUUUCCGGUGGGGCAACAACUUGGCCAGGGCAAUCAGGUCAAUAUGAACAAUGCUGGAAUCAGUCCACAAUUUCUGACACAACAACAUCUACCAAACGCUCAACCAGGUCCGCAGGAUCGGCCUCAACAAGCAACCCAAUUUCAGUCACAGCCUCAAACAACACAGGCACAACGUGUACAAGCGGCUCAGAAAGCGCAAAUGGCCAUGUCACAGGCGAAUAUGCAACAACCAAUAACCCAGAGCCCAGCGAUGCCCAUGUUAAAUCGCCCAAUUGCGGCCCCGGGACAAAUGUCUCCUGCACAGGCUGCAGCCCAAGUCCACCCAUCUUCGAGACAACCGAGUACGAAACAACUUCCAGCCAAUGUCCAGCCCAUGGGCACACAGCAGGGAAUCCAAAAUCGUCCCCCGAUGCCCGCGAAUUUCCCACCGCACAUCCAGGAGCAGCUGGCUCGAAUGACCCCCGAACAGCGGAAUGCUUUCUUCCUCAACCAGCAACGUCGUAUGAUGGCAAGCAACCCAGCUCUGGCCAGACAGAAUGCCGUCCAGCCUAACAUGGCGAUGCAGCAGGGCAUACCACAACCCGGCCAAAGUCAACAUAUGAUUAACGGUCAGAUGGUUAACCCUCAGAACAUGCGAGCUUCAAUGGAUAUGCAGCAGCAGUUUGCGUCGUUGGGCGGUGCCCAACAACCGAACCAGAUGAUUCCCGGGCAACAAAUGACCGUUCAACAACGGCAGCAGCAGCUUCAGCAACAACAGCAGCUUCAUCAGUUCCAGCUUCUUCGCCAACAAGCCGGGUCCAAUAUGGAAAUGACACCCGAAGAGAUUAGUCGUAUGGAUAAUAUGCCUUUUCCUCCGGCAAUCUUCAAUAACAACCCAAAUGCGGCAUCAAUACCUAAAAACAUCAAAACUUGGGGCCAGUUAAAACAACUGGCAGCAGCGAGUCCGCAGCUUCUAGGUGGAUUGGAUCACCAGAAACUGAUGACGUAUCAGAAAUUUCAUCUGGCUCAGAUUUUAAAGGAGACUAGCAAUAGAAACCCUGAGCAGAAGGGCCAGCCUUCUUGGGCGUCCCCAAACUUCCAGGGCCAGCCUCAGCCGUUUAUGAAUGCUCAACAGUUCCAGCCCGGACAGCAACAAGCACAAUUUCCUAUGCCGCACAUGCGGCAGAUCACACCACAAGAACUCCAAAUUGCUCGUCAGCGCUUGGGUGCGCAAGUGCAGUCUCUCAGUGACGAGCAAUUGAGCGAGCUCCUCCGGCAAAGGCAUAUGCAGGCGGUCCAGGCCCGAGCAGCCCAGGCUCUUGCAAACCAGCAGAAUCAGAAGUCACAAGUGCAUGUACCAUCCGUCCCGCCCCAAGUCAAGCCGGAACAACAAGCUCAGCAUCAAGUACCGCAGCAAAUCGCACAGAAUCAAGCGAUCAAAACGCAGGCUGUAUCUCCUUCCAAGGCCGCCAAAGGGCCAGCCCCCAAGCAGACACCACCAACGGCGAAGAGAAAGUUACAAAAUGAAGAAAUGGCCAUUGGUCAGGCUUCUCCUAUCCAGAACUCGAAUCAGCCUGCGAUUUCCCAAACCUUGCCGGUGACAGCACCUUCCAGGCCGGCCAUGCCGUUUACCCGAGAGCAGUUAGCAGCAAUGACGCCGCAACAGCGGAUGCAAAUAGAGGCUCAUCUCCGUCGACAGCAAGGUCAAGCACGUGGUACAAUCAGUAGAGCUGCUGCAGAGAAGGCGUGGAGUAAUUUACCCGAGAGUAUUCGACAGUUGUAUAAUGAGCUCGGCAAGAAUGCCCCAGAGGACAAGCCAGUUGCUGUUACGCCGGAGCAAAGGGCCGCAAUGAAUCAACAACUUCGGGAUUGUACAGACUAUCUGGGAAGGAUGGAUGCGCUAGUUCAGUUCAUUGCGAAAGUCCCCGGGCAAGAGAAAAAUCUGCGAAGCUUGCUAGGAAUGCGUAUUCAACUGAUGCGCCAAUUUAAGCCCAGUCCGGAUUGGGCAUUGAACGAUCAAUUCACGAUCACUCCGGAAUAUUUGAUCGGCACUACUAAUUACAUCAAGAAACUGUUCCAUCAUAUGAUCGCGCGCGUCAACCAACAGCAAAACCAAGGGCCCGGGCAGCGGGUCGGCAUGUCUCAGGGACCUAAUCCACAACAGACAAAUCAGAACAUGCCCCCGCUCAACGCGAGCAAUCUUCAGCAGCUUCAGCAACAAGAAGAGGCCCUUCAGCGGGCCCGCAGAGCGUCAAGUCAAACCGCUCCAUCAGGGGCUAUCCCGGCAGCGCCAUUCGGGGCGCCCUCCCCACAGGGCGUUCCCCAUGCUUAUGGACCCGGGAGUAUACCACCCCAGGAACUUAAGCUUCCUCCCCCAAAGCGGAGAAAGCAAUCGCAUCCGAGUACUACCCCUGUCUCUGGUACGUCAGGGGCCAAGGCACAAGCGAACAAACAGGCGGCAGCCGAAGCCAGGCCAAUCAAUGGCGCUUUCAAGUGUUCGGUUCCCGAGUGUCAAUAUCACUACCAAGGGUUUGGCAGCCAGGGAGAUCUUGACAAGCACGUUGAAGAAAGUCAUAAGGCUGAGGAACCCAUCGAGAAUGCCCUCCAAUUCGCGCUUCAAUGCUUCAGUACUCUGGUUAAGGAUGAACAAAAGCCUGAUUCUCAGGGUUUGACGAAGGGAUUCGGCUUCGCUACGGCACUGCCAGCGAAGCAGGAAGUGAAGGCCGAGGGAGCGACACCUGUUUCCGGGGCGACACCUAUGGGACGAGUCUCGAGCCAGGUGGCCGCGAAGCCUGCUUCUCCAGCGUCCAGUCAGCAGCUAACUCCAGUUCGCGGAGCGACCAAAGGUUCUGGCUCGAUGUCUGUUAAACCUACACUGAGCGAAGAUGGCAAGAGAGAUUCGAGGAAAACGGCGGAGCAGGACCCAGCAUCCAUGGCAAAAGAUUUGUGGGCAGACAGCGCCAUUUCUUUUGACGCAAUUCGUGAUGCAUUUGGCAAUUUGAGUGAUGAUCAUGAUUUGGACCUUGGUGUGAUGGACGAAUUCCUCAACGCUGAGAUGUUUAACGGUACCCAGGAUACGCCGGACUCAGUGGAAACCGGCGUCGUUACCCAGACUCCCAAGGACGGCGAGGUGCUGAAGAAUGAUGAAGGGGUCAACAAAGACUCAGAUGCCACAGACGGAAGUUGGAUUCCUGCAGAUUGGUGCCGCCUGCCGGGUCGGUUCGAAGAGCCUUUAUUAAAGGAUGAAGUGUGUAAAGAGAUCGAUUGGGAUAUGAUUGAUCUCAAAGGUGGAACACUAAGCGCUGACGACAAUGGUAUUGCCAUAUAUGCCAUGUAA